AGACGUAAUUAAAAAAGAGAUGGGUGGGAAAUGGGUGAAAAUCUGAAAAACGAAGUUUAACGGACCUGCGUUAUUAUUGUCGUUGUAUACUCCCUUAUAGACGCCGAGUCUCCAGAGUUCAGUCAGUCGAGCCGCGAACCUCGACCGUGAUGGUCACCGGAAUAGAACUCUCUUGCGAGUUUCAAAUUUAAAUUAAAAACAUUUACAAAGUAUACAUAAUCACGUUUGUUCUAAUGGAUCGACAAAGGAAAGAAAGCGAACAUUUUUCUAAAUCGUUUCUCAACGCUAAUAAAAGACUACUAGAACUGGAUCUAGACUAUUUGGAGAGGAGGGGCGGUGAGACAAUAAGCUGUGAAAACUUGGAAAACGGAUCGAAAGAGGAGGAGAGCCCGGCAGACAGUCUGGAUCGAGUUAAGGUCGUUUUCCUCGGGGCACCUGGCGUGGGAAAGUCCAGUAUAAUUCGACAAUUCGUUUGGAGCGAAUUCUCGGAGGAAUACAGGCCCACUGAAAAACGUGAGACGUUUUACCCGAGCGUUGUACUAGCCGAUCGAUUGUACGAAUUGAAAAUCACAGAUCUACCAACGAUUCCGUUCUUUCCCGUGAGUUCACACCUGGAAUGGACGGAUUUCCGUUAUUAUGGACUACGAAGCGCCACCGCCUACGUUCUAGUAUUCGAUCUGAGCAAUCAGGAGACUUUUCAAUAUAUCAGAAAAUUACGCGAGCAGAUCUACGAGGCACGAGAUAUGAGAGGUGUACCUCUUUUAGUGGUUGGCAAUAAACAAGAUGAGCUCUCAAGCAGUGUAGCUUCCGGUACAAGGUACAGGGAUAUCGUCAAUCUCGUACGAAAGCAUUGGAGAUGCGGUUACGUUGAGUGCAGCGCAAGAUUCAACUGUCGUGUCGUACAGGUUUUUCGAGAAUUAAUGAAGAGUAUUCAAGCCGUAGAAGGAAGACCGCCAUCGCCAAUACCUGCACCGUCAUCGCAGCCUUUGCGUUCUCAUCAGCAUGACAGCAGCGAGAAAUGCAUUCUUCUCUGACACUGAGAUCACAUAAUGGACGUACUCGAUCUUUGCGAUCGCAUUUUAGCGAAGAACUGCUUCUUCUCCGACUCAAAGAAAGAUUCACAUUGAUUUACUUCGUUAUUCCUUUUUUUUUAUUUUUUGAAUCUUAUAUUUAUUAUUAGCCUUUCGUAAAUGUUCCCUCAUUGUUGGAUUAUCUCUCAAAAAAAGUUCAUCAUCGUGUUCAUCGUUGUUUACAUUCUUCGAAUGUUGAAACAGUAGAGUUGGUAACAACUCAAUGGACCUCAAUUAAGUUUAUUGGUUCAAACCGGAAAUUUGCUUUUAUGUCUGACAGCUUCCAAUUAAAAGUAAUACAUCUUGACUUUCAUUUUCGACAACACGAAUUGGAUAACUUUCGUUUAAUCGACAAAUUAUCUGCCUUUCCUUUAUUACGUUCCUCUUUCAUAUUACUCUAGCGUGUGAUAUCAUUGUGAUAAUCAAACAUUUCACGAUGCGUUGAUCUUACAAGUUACUCGCUCGUCAAUUUAAGAAAUUGUUCGUUUCUCGUGAGCAUCGAGUUGAAUGACGCAUUGUAUUUUAAUCUUUGACGUUAGAGUUUUCAUACACACAUAGAGAGAGAGAGAGAGAAAAAAAGGAAAGAAAAAGGAAGAGAAUGUUAAUGGAUAAAAAGCAAUGAUAGAGUACGUACUAGUCAAAAUUUGAACAAUUGAAAAUGAAUAUGCGUGUUAAUUAUCGUAACACGGCGAACUUCAAAAUACAAUUAUUGUUAAACGAUUCAAUGAAAACAAUACCCCAUUUCCGAAUUGAUUAAAUCAAUCAUAUAUGACUAUGAUAUACAAGUUGGUCAAAAAAUUUUUAGAUGAUUUUAAAGAUCAAUUAUUUUUUUUUUUCGAAACUUUGUGAACUAAUUUUUGUUUCCGAUUGUAAAUGAGUUCCUAGGCUUACAGUUUUACAAUCUUAAAAUAAAAAUUAAUCUAAGAAAUCUCAUAAAAAAAUAAUAGAUUCUUAAAAUCACCUAAGAAGUUUUGGCCCGCCUAGGAACUUUUGGCCCAUCCUGUAUAACGCGUGCAAUUAAUUCUUGAUUAUAUACACAAACACGUAUACAUAUACAUAUAUAUAUAUAUAUAUAUAUAUACAUAUAUAUAUACAUAUAUAUACAUAGACAGACACAGGAAUAUAUACGUAUAUACAUGUGCGCACGAUAGGAAUAAAUGUACAGCAAUUUUGAGAAAAUUUUUUGCUGACUGGAUGUUAAGCAAUAUGUACACGAAUCAUUUUACAAAUGUUACUCAAGUUGGUCUUUCUACAGACCUUUACGUUAGCUCGAGUUGUGAAAAGUAAAUUGCGAAAAAAAAUAUUAUAGAAGCUCGUAAAAAUAACGCACACACACACAUAUACACACACACAAAAGAAAAGAAAAGAUAAAAAAAGAAAAAAAAAAAAUCCAUAAAAAAACCAAGAAAAUAUUAUGAGACUAUAUAACUGCCGAAAUCUGUACACACGCACGAGAUUAAAAAUUAGCGAUCAAUUAAUCUCAUCAACACAUUGUAGGUAAUUCCACAUCCUUUGAUUUUCGGCCUAAUAAUAUUGUAACAGCGAUGGGCUGUCAGGAGUUACCUCAACAGAAGCAAUAGUAUACACAUCUAUUUUUAAAAUAAUUAUUGUUAAGAAAAUUAAUCACUAACAUGUAAGAAAUAAGAAAAAGAAAAAGAAACGUAGCAGUAUUUAUGAACAAAUAUUAAAAUACAUGUGUAUGUAUACAUGUAUAUAUAUAUAUACAUAUACGAUAUGUGUGUUAAUAAAUAUCGUUGUUAUCGUUUAUAUACAUACGUAACAUGAAUAUAAAGAAGUUUGUAUUUUAGCUUCUAAGGAUAAAAAGAGCGAGUUGACUUCGUGAUAUAUAUACGUACAUAUAUAUAUAAUAUAUAUAUACUAUAUAUGUAUUAUAUGUAUACUAUAUAUAUAUACUAUAUAUGUAUUAUAUGUAUACUAUAUAUAUACUAUAUAUAUACUAUAUAUAUAGUUGUUUAUUAGUUCCGGUAUUUAAUCGGAUUGUUAUUUAAAGCUAUCUAGGCAACGUAUGUAUAUCGUAUACAUACAUUGUACGAUAUGAUAUACGUAAAUUAAUUAUAGACCACAUGAUGUGUGUAUGUGUGUGUAUAUAUUCAUAUAUACAUGUAUGUAUAUAUACACAUACAAAAUACAAAACGCGUGUUCGUUGAAAAUCUUUGUACCCAGGAAUGAGAGAAGUGUU